AUGAGCGCCUGCGGCUACGUGGGAAGGACUUCCUGGGGUGUAGGAGCCGCGAAAAGCGAGAACUUGCGAAGGCAAGCGAGGGCGGUCAGCGCGCCUGUGCUGUCUCUCUGUGGCACACUUUUCGCCGGGACAGGGAACGGCCUUGACGGCGAAGAGCCUACGUCUUCAGAAGCACGCGCCGCCCCGAUUCCCGAGCGAAAGCGACACACACGAGCCCCGGGUGACCCAGCAGACAACCUCCGCCAGAGAGGGCGCAACCUCGUCGACCUCGGGCGUGCCUGUCCCUCGGCGUUCUCCUCACGACGGGGCUACGACAGUCGCUGGGUGAAGCGCCUCGACAGGCUGAGAGAAUCGAAAUUCUACGAGCCCGCACCGACUAUCCAGGAGGAGGAGACUCUCGACGCCGACAGGAUCCAUCCGCUCUUGAAGCGAGUCACGCCCAGCUGGAACAGCCGAAGAACGGGGCUUCUCGCGUAUAAGAUCGGAAUGAUGUCUUUGUGGGACGGGUGGGGCGAGCGGCAUGCGGUGACCGUUUGCCAAGUCGAUCGCUGUGUGGUGAUGGAGCAACGGACUCUCGACAAGGAUGGCUACGAAGCCUGCGUCAUGGGAAUUGGUUACCAGCCGAUUCACAAGGUGACAAAGCCAAUGCUUGGGGUGUACAUACGGUCGCGAAUCGAGCCGAAGAGUCGAAUCGCGGAAUUCAAGUGCAGCAGCGAUUGUCUUCUUCCCGUCGGCCACGAGAUGUCGGUUCGGCACUUCACUCCCGGCCAACACGUCUUUGUCAGUGGCUGGUCGAAGGACAAGGGGUACCUUGGAGUGAAGAAGCGAUGGGGUUUUGCAGGUCAGAACGCGUCCCAUGGUGUAGAAGCAAAGGCGCACAGCAGCCCAGGAAGUAUCGGGCAAAGCAAGACAGUGAACGUUGUGUGGCGCUUCAAGAAGAUGGCCGGGCACGCUGGCGGAGAUCCCCGAGUCGUCAACUGUAAAGUGUUUCGCAUCGAAGCCCAGCGCAAUCUCAUUUUCCUCAAAGGCUACAAAGGCAGUCUGAUCAAAAUAAGCGAUGCGAGGGGGAAAACUCACCACAGACACAACCGCCACAUUCCACUCCACUUUCCGACGUUCGUGCCCGAGCCAGGCGUUUCGUACCCUGUCACGCUGCAGUGCCCAGACUCCGAGCAGGAUCCCUUUUUGUAUCCCGAGAUUGCCAUCCCGGACAAGGAGAAAUAG